AUUUAGAGGGUCUAAGAUGGACGCUGUUAUCCGCCGAUGUCCCUUCCUGACCAUGGUGCCCCGGGCGUUCCUGCAGCUGGCAGGGAAGUCAUCCCUGGUGGGCUAUGCCCUGAAGUGCCCUGUGAUGAUGGACCUGGCCUCACGCCCUCUGGCCAGAGCUCUCUCCUCUUCAGUCUCAGUGUCCACACCAACAAACGACGGUGAGCACAGUAGUUCCCCAUAGUCACUUAUUAUAAACGGUUUCAGAUGGGCUACGUUAUGGAUUUAUUGUAUAGAGGAGCAAUGUUGUUGUGCUAUUUUACUAAUCUAGCUUGAGGCUUGCUUAUGGUAGGGCUCAAUGCCUCUUUGUAAACAAAUUGCUCUUAAUCAAAUUACUGUGCAAAUGUGACUGCUAACUCGCCCAUACAAAUAGUCAUAAAUGUAACCUAAUUUAUGUUGAAUACUCCUCUAUUAAGGCUGUGAAGAAUCUUACACUUGCUCAACCGCGUUUUAUUUUAUUUUCAUAUUUUCCUCAGUGCACAAAUAGGCCUAAAUAAUUGAAUAAAAUAUAUAUAAAUGUAUUUAAGUUAAUCAAAUAUAAAUCCUCCUCUUGUUGUCAGUGUAGAGUCAGAGAAGGGGGUCCAGCUGCCCCCGAGCCACCCCAUGUCCCCUGUUGGGCAGCCCGUGGGCUCCAAAUGCCCCUUCCUGGCGGCUGAGAUGGUGCAGAAGAACACCAGCGUGGUGAGGGAGGCCUGCAUCGAGCUGUCAGAGGACGUACAGGACAGGAGCACAGUCCAC